GCUGCGUGCAGAGAGGCGGAGAGGAGGAGGAGGAGGAGGUGGUGGAGGAGGAGGAGAGGGGUACAGGGAGGAGGGAAAGCCAAGCAUCAUCCCCAGGCUCAGGUUAGGAGCGACUCUGCGCCCUGCUGCUGCCGCCACUUCAGGAUCCCGGCGCUGCCGCUUCUCUUGCCUGUCGUUGCGCUGCUGCGCUUUGCCUAGCACCCCGACCCUGCACCAGCAGCGGAGAAAAGCAGUGAGACCAGGAGGAGGAGGCAUGGCUUCAACUACUUGCACCAGGUUUACGGAUGAGUACCAGCUCUUCGAGGAGCUCGGAAAGGGAGCAUUCUCAGUGGUGAGAAGAUGUAUAAAGAUCAACAUAGGACAGGAGUAUGCUGCCAAAAUUAUAAACACCAAGAAGCUGUCUGCGAGAGAUCAUCAGAAAUUGGAACGUGAAGCAAAAAUCUGUCGUCUUCUGAAGCAUCCCAAUAUUGUUCGACUCCAUGACAGCAUAUCAGAGGAAGGAUUCCAUUAUUUAGUCUUUGACUUAGUCACAGGUGGGGAACUAUUUGAAGACAUAGUAGCAAGAGAAUACUAUAGUGAAGCAGAUGCCAGUCAUUGUAUACAGCAGAUUCUAGAAAGUGUAAAUCAUUGUCACCUUAAUGGCAUAGUACACAGGGACCUAAAGCCUGAAAAUUUGCUGUUAGCUAGCAAGUUGAAAGGUGCUGCAGUGAAACUGGCAGAUUUUGGGUUAGCCAUUGAAGUUCAAGGGGACCAACAGGCAUGGUUUGGUUUUGCUGGCACUCCAGGUUAUUUGUCACCAGAAGUUUUACGAAAGGAUCCCUAUGGCAAGCCAGUGGACAUGUGGGCAUGUGGUGUCAUUCUCUACAUUCUUCUUGUUGGCUAUCCACCUUUCUGGGAUGAGGACCAGCACAGGCUUUAUCAGCAGAUUAAGGCUGGUGCAUAUGAUUUCCCAUCUCCUGAGUGGGAUACAGUGACUCCUGAAGCCAAAGACCUUAUAAACAAGAUGCUCACAAUCAAUCCAGCCAAGCGUAUCAAUGCUACAGAAGCACUCAGACAUCCUUGGAUCUGUCAACGGUCUACUGUUGCCUCCAUGAUGCACAGACAGGAAACUGUGGAUUGCUUGAAGAAAUUCAAUGCAAGAAGAAAGCUAAAGGGGGCAAUAUUAACUACCAUGCUGGCUACCAGAAACUUCUCAGCAGCGAAGAGUUUACUGAAGAAACCAGAUGGAGUCAAGAUCAACAACAAAGCCAACGUUAUAACCAGCCCUAAAGAUCCUACCCCGCCUCUGGAGCCCCAAACUACAGUAAUCCACAAUCCUGCUGAUGGAAAUAAGGAGUCAACAGAGAGCUCAAACACCACCAUUGAAGAUGAAGAUGUAAAAGCAACAAAGUGCACAGAAAACACACAUUCAAAGACUCAUUUGCAUAAAUCUGAGCCUUCCCGUUACUCUACUUCAUCUGUGCAGUCCCGCAAACAAGAAAUCAUCAAAGUUACAGAGCAGCUUAUUGAAGCCAUAAAUAAUGGAGACUUUGAAGCCUAUACAAAGAUUUGUGACCCAGGCCUUACAUCAUUUGAACCAGAAGCUCUGGGAAAUCUAGUAGAAGGAAUGGACUUCCAUCGAUUUUAUUUUGAAAAUGCGCUAUCCAAGAGCAACAAGCCAGUCCACACCAUCAUCUUGAAUCCUCAUGUUCAUUUGAUUGGAGAAGAUGCUGCAUGCAUAGCAUACAUUCGUCUCACCCAGUAUUUGGAUUCUGCUGGUAUGCCAAAAACAAUGCAGUCAGAGGAGACCCGUGUGUGGCACCGUCGUGAUGGAAAAUGGCAGAAUGUACACUUCCACCGCUCUGGCUCACCAACAAUACCGAAUUAAUAAGCCUUGCAAGCCUUUAGUCUAAAUAUUCAAGACAACUGGAUGGUAAAUUUUGGACUCUAUUAUCUUUGUUUAUCAACAACAGGGUGUUUGCAUAAGUAACAUCUCCCUUCUCAUAGAUUUUCUGCAGUCGACUCCUGCUCAAGUCAAUAAUAUUCCAGUUCCAAUAAGAAUACCGAUUAAAGUGGAUUCAAUAAACUAAGAAGGCAGUUACAAUAUUGUGUCAUUUAGUGGUUUAGUGUUUGUUUUCUGAAGCAAAUCAACUUAUAUCUGGGUGUAUCUAUGAAUGUACGCACAGACAACCACUGGUUUUUCUGUUAGACUCGAUCAUAACAAACAUUACGAAAAUCAAACCGUAUAGCUAUAUAAAUAUAUAGGCAGUGAAUGAUUGAUUUCCAGACUAUUGUGUCAUAACAUGGGAAAUAACUUAGUGUAGCACAAAAUGCAUUGUUUUAAACCAUCAAAUACAGUAAACGCUGUAUGUUAAUUACCUUCCAAAUAAUUUGAAUAUACUUUAGAUAGUCUGAAAAAUUUUUGGAGUAGUUUUCUCUAUCUCUUAUAUAUUUUUUUUUUAUAUACUCGGCGGAUAAAUAUUUAACGAGUGUACAUUGGUAACAAUUGGGGGCUAAUAUAGGUAGUCUUUUUGAUAAAUAAGCCUAAGAAAAAGUACAAUUUUACAUUCAGGGUAUAUAAUGCUUACAAGAUAUAUAUGUAUUUUUGGUGUCGGUAUAGUCUUGAAACAAUACUUAAACUAUUGUGUACUGUAUGUUGUAAAGGAUAUGGGUUAUAAUAAUAGGGUUGAACAAUAUAACUACAUUUUUGUGUAUGGGUAUUAAUAAAUCUAUUACUACACUGCUUUCAUUUUACCAACAACUUUCUACUGAUGCUAACUUGUUGUGUCCCAGCUCAUACUAUAUGAUUUUGGUUAAAAGAUAGCUUUUAGGAUGAACGACAAAUAUUUUUUAAAAUAUAAAUAUAUAAACUAGAGGGAACUUCCAGCACUAUAUGCAGGGAAUGCUAUUGUUGUCUGUCAAUGUUUUCUAAUGGAAACUUGGUGAAAUGGAUUUCUAUUGAUCAUAUUAUGUAUCUGUGCUACUAAUGAGGGGCUUUACUUCACUUCAACAUUAGAUGCAUCUUCGUUCUGUUGAACAUCUUUAGGGGCUGGUUACUUUAGUGCUGUGCGUGCAUGGUGGAGCAUUUUUUCUUGGUCUGCAUCCGGAAAAAAAAUAAAAGUUGUUUGCAUUUGCAUUAAUCCAACCUUGGGAAUCUCCAAGCAAUCCUUUUACAACUCUACAUGUUGUUCAGUAGUGGACGUGAGCUGAGUAAUGCUAACAACAAAUGGAUAAACACACCAUUUUCUACACUAUAUAAACAAAUGAAUGUGCUGAGCCAUUUUAACCUGCCAAUGAAAUCUGUGACAUUUCAAUUAAAGCAAUUUGUUUUCUGUAUAUCUAGAUGUGCUUCCACUGUCAGUAUUUAGUUAUCGUGUGCUGAUAUCAAUGUCCAAUUAUUAUGGUAGCUUCAUAUACUUAAUUAAGAAAACUAGCAUGAAAUGCUGACAUAGUACUGUAGACCAAAUCUGUCUUCCACACGGCCAUGUGAGGAAACCAUUAUUAAGCCUCUGCACCAUGGUGAAUAUAUCAUCCUUUGAAAUGUCGCAAUAUACUAAUGGGCACAGUGUAUAUAUUUCUGCCAUAAAAAGAUUGAUAUAACUAAAAUGUCAAUAAAAUUGUCGAUUAAGCUGA